AUGGAGCUGCCACCCGUGUUCGAGGGUGGUAGAACCCGCUCCCAAGCAGCUACGCUUCACACACACGAAUGGGACCUGGUGACGCGUCGCGAGGACUCAGAUACACUGCCAGCUUUUACUGAGCUAGAUGGUAAUUUUGAGUCAACAACGAAGCUUGCCGACGAAUAUCUGGAACUCUUGAACAAGAAGAGAAGCUUUGUUCUCCAGAACCCCAAGUUUCAGACCGGGGGUACCAUGAUCAACGCAACGAUUACCAACCUAGUAAAGCAACUGAGAGGUGAAGACGGCAUCGACAACGGUAGCCCAGCAGUGAUCGAGCAUGCCGAGGGCAGCGGCGGGAGCCCACUUGACUGGAUAAAAGUGAUCUUAGGCUUCAAAGCUCAGAUCUUUUCGCGUACCCAAGGCACAGACACGAAUGACUUCUGGCGCGCUCGGCUGGGUGGCUACCUGAUAGUUAUCAGUGAGGCAGAAUGGGUUAUCCUCGCCAAUACAUCAAACACACAUUCCCAGCGGUGUGGACUGGGAAAUGGAGCUGGAGACUAG